UUUUGUGGAGUUAUAUCCAGGUUUUGCCGCAUCGUUGUGUGAUUAUUUUGAAUUUAACUUACAUCGAGACAAUUGGUAUAAACUAGUGGAAAGAGUGCAAAUGAUAAAUACUAUACGUAGCUCAGUUGUGGUGUCGUGAUUUAUAAAUACAUUCCAAUGGAUCCUGCCAAACUUAAAGUUGUAGAAUUGCGCGCCGAAUUAUCGGCAAGAGGGCUUGAUAAUAAAGGUGUUAAGGCUGUUCUAGUAGACAGACUUAGACAAGCUUUGGAGGAAGAGACUGGACAAGAAGUACCAGAUACUUCAAUCGCUGAAACGUCAACUGAAGAAAUAGAAGAUAAAGUCGACUACUCUGAGGCGGAUAAAGACAGUUCCGAGCCGGAACAAGAAAAUACGCCGGAGUCUGAGGAAAACCAAGAUCAACAGUCUGAAGAAGAGAACUCAAAGCUGGAAGAAGGCUAUCAAGAAUUUGAGCAAGACGAUCCUCAGAAAGAAGAAGAGAAUAAUACUGAACUUGAAAGAGAGUCACCGCCUGACGAAUCUCAGGAAUACGGAGACCCGGAGAACACUUAUGAAUCAGAGAACUAUGGAUCAGAGGCUUAUCAAUCAGAGCCCGUAGAACAAGAACAAUCAGAGUCUGUAGACAACCAGAAGAUUGAAGAAUCAGACCAGCCACAAGAGAUUGACAUGGAAAAUGUCAUUGUUAAACAAGAGGAAGAAUCCACUGUAGACGAGUACAAACAACAAAACUAUGAGGAAAAACCUGACGUCAGCUCAUUACCGUAUCAGGGAUAUGACAACGGUGAUGACAAAAAGGAAGAUUACGAAGCAGAAGUCAAGAUGGAGCCUGGUGUAGAGGUGAAGGAAGAACAAGAUGACCGACAGGAGGAUAGGAAGAGAAAACGCUCCAGAUGGAGCCCCCAACCUCAGCAAAAGCAAGGAUGGGGCCAAAAACAAGAUUGGAGUCGUAAGGAUGAUGAACCUGAUUUGGAUAAUGAUGCAAUGGUUCUUGGCUGGUAUGAUUCAGACUUGAACCUGGAAAUCAACAAAGAAGACUUCCUAGAAGCAGCUCCAAUGAGUGUCCAAGGGUUCGGUUACAUCUGGGCUGGUUGUCGAGCUACUUUUGGGUUCAAUCAGGGAAAAGUCUGCUACGAGGUUAAGUUGCUAGAGAACCACGAUGUAGACCAUCUGGAAGACGAGCCCAGUCCUCAUGUGUUGAGAGUGGGGUGGUCCACAGUUGACACCGACAUGAUGCUAGGAGAAGAACCCAAGUCCUUCGGAUACGGAGGAACAGGAAAGAUCUCCACUAACUGCAAGUUCACCAACUAUGGAACCACCUUUGUUGUUGGGGAUGUGGUGACUGCCUACUUGGACUAUGGUGAGCGUGUAAAGAUGUCGUAUGCAGUGAACGGCCAAUUUCUUGGAGACGCUUUUGACAUCCCUUCGUCAGAUUUAGACAACCAGCCGCUGUUUCCGCACGUUUUGUCCAAGAACAUCAAGUUCCGGGUCAACUUUGGCCUCAGUGAGAUCCAGUUUCCCGCAGAGCCAGAGUACGUGUGGGCAGCGAACGUCCCUGUGGAGCAGCGAGUGGCUGGACCACGCCGGCCUGAGCGUCGUGAGGAUUGUGAGAUGCUGAUGAUGUGCGGACUCCCUGGGUGUGGUAAAACCACUUGGGCCAACGCCUUUGUAAAAGAAAACCGUGACAAGUUCUACAAUAUUUUGGGUACCAACAACCUCAUUGACAAAAUGAAGAUCCAAGGUUUGCCGCGGAAGCGCAACUACCACGGCCGGUGGGACGUGCUCAUUGACAAAUGCACCAAGUGUCUCAACAAGCUGCUGGAGCUGGCUGCUCGUCGCCGCAGAAACUACAUCCUAGACCAGACGAAUGUUUACCCGAGCGCUCAAAAACGCAAAAUGCGCAACUUUGGGGGCUUCAUUCGACGGGCGAUCGUUAUAGUGCCCAACGAUGAAGAGUUUCAACGCAGGUGUGCAAAACGUGAAGCGGAGGAAGGAAAAGACAUUCCGGACUCGGCGGUUUUGGAGAUGAAAGCCAACUUUCGGCUGCCUGAGGAAGGGGAACACUUUGACGAGGUGCGCUUCAUAGAGCUAAACCGUGAGGAGUCCCAGCCACUGGUGGAACAGUACAACAAGGAGGGUCGGGCCGCAGGGUUUGGACAGCAAGCUCCCUUCAGCGGACAAGGGGGCAAGAAGUUCAGACCUAACGAUAGACCUCCAUUCCGAGGAGGCGGAGGUUUCCGUGGCGGACGAGGAGGUGGGUUUGGCAUGGACAGGAAGGACCGUGGACCUGGUGGUCGUGGAGGGUUCAGAAGUGGAAGUAUGGAUCGUGGAGGUCGUGGAGGAUGGGGUCCACGUGGUGGUGGCCCUGACCGUGGCCCUCCUCGAGGAAACUGGAGAGACAGAAGUCCGUCUAGUGGUGGAUUUGACAGAGACGCGGACUCCCGUCCUCCCGGUGGUGGUCCAUGGAGGAACCAGAGAGGAGGGGACAGGGAUAGACCUUAUGACCGUAACCAGAGAGGUGGACCUCGCGGUGGCGGUAACUUCAGGGACAAUGACUACAACAACAGAGGGGGAGGUUUCCGAGACGGAGGCUAUGAAAGGGACGACUACCGAGGUGGUGGUUUCAACAGAGACGAAGGCUUCAGAGACAACCGUGGAGGGAGAGGUGGACGAGGGGGCAGAGGAGGAGGCUUUGACAGAGACAACAAGGGAGGACGCGGCGGCUUUGACAGGAGCAGAGGCGGCUUCAACGAUAGACGUGGAGGUGGAAACAGAGAUGGGUUUGACCGUAACAGAGGGGAUAGAGGCCCUAGAGACAACAAGGGUGGAGCCGGCCAAGGUGGAAACCAAGGCAACCAAGGUGGUGGAUGGGGCAACCAGACCUACCAGGGAGGUUGGGGCCAACAGGGAUACAACCCCCAAGGCUACAACCAGGGCUACAACCAAGGUUACAACCAAGGAUACAACCAGCAGGCCACACCUCAGCAGGGCUGGGGGCAGCAAGCUUGGGGUAACAAAGCUACUGGCCAGCAACAACAGGCUGUAGCGGCGACUGGAGCAACAACAACACCCGCCGCAACUGGUUACAAUACAACCGGUUACACCCAACAAGCAGCCGGUUACAACCAAGCAGCUGGUUAUCAGGGCUACUGGGGCCAGUACGGCUACGGACAGGGCUGGACGCAGAAUGCUGACGGGACCUACUCAUAUCCGCAAGGGUGGCAAAACUACGGCUACAACUACGGGACAGCCAUGACUCCUGGGAUGACGGCUGCUGCCACCCCCGCAGCGACCACUGCUACCCCUGCCGCGGUUACAGCUCAGACCCCCGCAGCCAAGUAACUAUGUACCUGACACCCCGACAACUAGUGUCUUUGUCAACAAGCUUCUUUCUCUUUGUAGAUUCUAUAUUUAUGUUAGUAUUAAAGCCUCGGUCAUUCGACAUUGUAUAACAGUUCACCUGAAUGAAUUGGAUGUUGAUGUGAAUGUGCAAUUGAAGAAGUUUAUUAGUAAAUUUAAAGUGUAUUUUUACAAUGUUUAUGCAUAAAAUUUUUGUUUUUAACUAAACAACUUGCUGUAAGUUAAUAUAAGAAAGUCUUAUAAUUUAGAUUUUACACAAUGAUUUUGUGAUAAACUGUUAUGCAAUGUGUUUGUGUUAGCCUGUGCCCAAUCCAAGGCUAUUCUGUUUAUAUUUUUAUCUUAUAAGUUUUGUACAAUAAAGAUUGUAAUUGUUUUAAAUGAGAAACUAAUUUUAAUCGUGAUUUAUGAAUGAGACAUGUAAUUUUUAAUAAGGUAUGACAGAUUAAAGUGAUUAAAAUGCCAA